GGGUGACAGAUCAGAAUAUGCAGGCAGCUAACAACCACAGUAAUAAUCCAGGCAGAGCAAAGAACAGAAAUCUUUAUGGAGAUGCAGAAGAAGACUGGUUGUAAAAUGAGUUUCUAUCAGGAGAGAAAGGAGGAGGAUGUUGAUCACUCUCAGUACAAGAAAGCAUCAUCUCCAGAGCCCAGCUGUGUGUCUAUGGAGAGUGAUACAUCUCUGCGAAAACCCCCUGACCUCAGUGAUGAAUCCCUUAACCCCAGAAAGAAAAAGAAAACAGCAUCUCCAGAGCCCAGCUGUGUGUCUAUGAAGAGUGAUACAUCUCUGCGAAAACCCCCUGACCUCAGUGCUGAACCCCUUAACCCCAGAAAGAAAAAGAAAACAGCAUCUCCAGAGUCCAGCUGUGUGUCUAUGAAGAGUGAUACAUCUCUGCGAAAACCCCCUGACCUCAGUGAUGAAUCCCUUAACCCCAGUGAUGAAGCUGUGACCUCUGACACUAUAGUAUAUAAAGAAGGUCAGACUGGAGAUCUGCAGCAGGAUUCUCUCCAAAUGGUAGACGAUGAACUACAGAGAGUCAAAUACCAACACAAAACCAGCAUGAAGAACAAGUAUGAGAGAUUAUUUGAGGGACUGAACCUCCAGGAGAAUGAAGCCCUCCUGAACAGGAUCUACACACAGCUCUACAUCAUAGAGGGAGAGAGUGAAGGAGUGAAUGAAGAACAUGAGGUUUUACAGAUGGAGAAAACAACCAGAACACAUCACUCACAAGACACUCCAAUCUACUGCAAUGACAUCUUUAAAGCCUCAGCUGAACCAGGAUAUAAGAAGAAGAAGAAGAAGAAAGACCGGAUCAAGACUGUUCUUACUAAAGGCAUCGCUGGAAUCGGAAAAACCGUCUCUGUGCAGAAGUUCAUUCUGGACUGGGCCGAGGGAAAAGCCAAUCAGGAUGUAGAUUUCAUGUUUGUGCUUCCAUUUCGAGAGCUGAACUUGAUCCGAGAUCAUCAGUACAGUCUUCACAGACUUCUGCUGGACUUUCAUCCUGAACUUCAAGAUCUGGACUCAAAGAUUUAUGAGGAGUGUAAAGUUGUGUUCAUCUUUGAUGGUCUGGAUGAAAGCAGAAUCGCACUGAUGUUUUCAGACGCUCAGAAAGUUUGUGAUGUGACUGAGACUUCAUCAGUGGGUGUGUUGAUGUCAAAGCUCAUGAAAGGAGAGCUGCUUCCCUCUGCUCUCAUCUGGAUCACCUCCAGACCAGCAGCAGCCAAUCAGAUCCCCUCCAAAUACAUCAAGCGUUUGACAGAAAUUCAGGGAUUCACUGAGCCUCAGAAGGAGGAAUAUUUCAGGAAGAGAAUCAGUGACCAGCAUCAAGCCAACAGAAUAAUCUCACACAUCAGAAGAGCAAGAAGCCUCCACAUCAUGUGCCACAUCCCCGUCUUCUGCUGGAUCUCAUCCACUGUGCUUCAGAAGCUCCUGGAAGAAGAUCUGAGUGCAGAAAUCCCUCAAACUCUGACUGAAAUGUACAUCCACUUCCUGCUGAUUCAGAUCAACAUGAUGAACCAGAAGUAUGAAGAGAGAGAUCCAGAGAAACUCCUGCAGUCCAACAGAGAAGUGAUUGUGAAACUUGCUGAAGUGGCUUUCAAACAGCUGAUGAAGGGCAAUAUGAUAUUCUAUGAGGAGGACCUGAUUGAGAGCGGCAUAGACGUCACUGACGCCUCGGUGUACUCUGGGAUUUGCACUGAGAUCUUUAAGGAGGAAUCUGUGAUUCAUCAGAGGAAAGUCUACAGCUUCAUUCAUCUGACCGUUCAGGAGUUUCUCGCUGCUUUCUAUCUUUUUUACUGCCAUCUGACAAAGAAUAUGGAGCCACUGCAGGGCAUUAAUUAUGAAAGAUACAGUUCUGAGGAAAACUCUUUGUAUGAUCUACUAAGAUCAGCAGUAGAUAAAGCCCUUAAGAGUGAGAGUGGGCAGCUGGAUCUGUUCCUGCGGUUCCUGCUGGGCGUCUCACUGGAGUCCAAUCAGAGACUCUUACAGGAUCUACUGACACACACAGAGAACAGCUCAGAGACCAUCAGACAAAUCACACAAUACAUUAAAGACAAGAUCAAGAAAAAAGACUAUAUCAUGAAACUCUCCACUGAAAGAUCCAUCAAUCUGUUUCUCUGUCUGUUGGAGGUGAAAGAUCAGACUCUGUCCAGAGAGAUUCAGAGGUUUGUGAAAUCAGACAAACACUCAGAGAAUGAACUCACUCCUGCUAACUGCUCAACAAUCGCCUACAUGCUUCAGAUGUCAGAGGAGCCGCUGGAUGAGCUGGAUCUCAUGAAAUACAACACAUCAGAUGAGGGUAGAAGAAGAUUGAUACCGGCUGUGAUCAACUGCAGAAGAGCUCUACUUGCUGGAUGUUGCCCUUUUGAUCAGCACUGUGAAACUGUGUGUUCAGCUCUCCAAUCAUCAAACUCUCAUCUGAAUGAGCUGGACCUGUGUAUAAAUGAUCUGAAGGAUUCAGGAGUGAAUCUGCUUUCUUUUGGAAUGAAGAGUCUAAGCUGUCAGCUGGAGAUACUAAGGCUACGUGGGUGUAAUCUCACUGCUCAGUCUUGUGAUAUUUUGUCAUCAGUUUUACAAUCCUCAACCUCCCGUCUGAGAGAGCUGGACCUGAGUAACAAUGACCUGCAGGAUUCAGGAGUGAAGCUUCUUUCUAAUGGACUGAAGAAUCCAAACUGUUGGCUGAAGAUACUAAGAUGUUCCAUAUGUAAUCUCACUGCUCAGUCUUGUGAGAGUUUGUCAUCAGUUUUACCAUCCUCAACCUCCUGCCUGAGAGAGCUGGACCUGAGUAACAAUGACCUGCACAAUUCAGGAGUGAAGCUUCUUUCUGAUGGACUGAAGAGUCCAAACUGUCAGCUGGAGAUACUGAGGUUGUCAGGCUGUAUGGUGACAGAGAAAGGCUGUCAAUAUGUGUCUUCAGGUCUGAAUUCAAACCCCUCAUACCUGAAAGAGCUGGAUCUGAGCUACAAUUACCCAGGAGAUUCAGGGGUCAAGCUGCUCUCUGAAAAAUUGGAGGAUCCAAACUGCACACUGGACAAACUCAAUGUGGAUCAUGGAGGAGAAUCCAGGAUUACAGCAGGACUACACAAAUAUGCCUGUUUUCUCACACUGGAUCCAAACACAGCAAACACUGGACUCAUUCUGUCCGAGGAGAACAGAGAGGUGAGAUGUGUGAGAGAGAAUCAGCCGUAUCCUGAUCAUCCAGACAGAUUUGAUGAGCAUCCUCAGGUGUUGUGUAGAGAGAGUGUGUGUGGACGCUGUUACUGGGAGCUGGAGUGGAGUAGUGAUAGAUGUGUGUUUAUAUCAGUGUCAUAUAAGAGCAUCAGCAGGAAGGGAGAUGGUGAUGAGAGUAUGUUUGGAUAUAAUGAUCAGUCCUGGAGUUUGGAGUGCUCUCCCUCCAGUUACUCUUUUAAACACAAUAACAUAGUGACCGAUCUCCCUGUAAAGCCCAUCAGCAGUAGAACAGGAGUGUAUGAUGAUAACAGUAUAGUGCGACAUUAUUUGGGUCAUGGUAGAAUAGGUGUGUUUGUGGAUCACAGUGCAGGAACUCUGUCCUUCUACAGCGUCUCUGACACAAUGAGCCUCAUCCACACAGUCCAGACCACAUUCACUCAGCCGCUCUAUCCUGGCUUUUAUGUUUGUUCUGAAUCAUCAGUGAAACUGUGUUGAUGAAUCAGAAUAGAUUGACAAGAGAUUCUACCCAUAAUGCUUUGAGCUGCAUGAUAAUUCAGUAACAGUGAGAUGUUAUAGGUGGGUCGCCAGGAUGAAUGGAAAUGUAUAUACUGUAUGUAACAAAGUUCAAGACCCAGGGAAGAAGAAAGUGGCAAACAUAACUUUAAUAACAAAACCAUAAACAACACAAUGAAAGUAAGCCGCAGCCACCUCACAGCAUGACUCCAGCGCAUAUCUGUCUCUCUGUGUUUGCGCUCUGGAAAGCUUCAAAUGUUUCUGUUUACAAUGUGUUUUUACAGCACAGACAUAUCUGUUGAUUUCUGGAACACAAUUGCCAAUCAGAGGCUUUUCAGUCAGAAUCCACUUACUUCUCAAAAUACUGGAGUUUUUGUUCAGUCCUGAGUUCUGCAAGCUCGCGGAUCCUCUCAUUAUAACAAAAAAAGUGUAAAUAAGAGAUUUAUUGUGCAGUGUAGAGAGAUUAAUCGCGAUAAACUGAAAUGAGUGACAGCUCAGUGAUUAUUAAGGGAACACUCUUUGUGCGCUUUCUUGGCUUUAUAUAAUCCAUUCAUAAUUUUAAUAAAAGUAAAAAAUAAAAAAUAAAAAGUGGGUCACAUACAUGCAUAUAUUUAUGUUUUUACUGUCACAUAAGUCAUUUGUAUUUGUAUUUGUAAUCAUAACUAUUAAAAUUACCU